AUGUUGGAGGGAAGGAGGCAUUCUGUGGACGUCCCCCUUUCAAAAACAUUGGUGGCGCUCAAAAGAGUUCGGUCCCUACGAGACCCGGAGACAAAUUCGAUGGGUAAAUUUCCCAUGUUCAUUGAAAAUAUGAACUGGGAAACCAACUCAGCAAGUGAUCCAAUUUUAAAGUCGAAUGAUCACAAUGAUGCUGUCCUUACCGAUGGGCAUUAUUUUCAUUCAGACGGAGGAAGAGAUACACAUUAUAGUGAUGCUGAAUCAGUUAAAAGUUCAAGAUUGCAGGACAUUAAACUCUGUUCUGCCAAAAAAUCUUCUAAGCAUAGAAUUGGUGAUCGAGAUUCGACAAGGACCAAAGCGAUUCGUAAGUCAUGUGGGGAACAUCGCCUGCGGCUUGACUCCUCGUGGCUUCGACAUUCACCAGAUCUGUUUGAAGAGGAAGUUGAUUCAUACCGUGAUUUACACUUGGAAGUCCCCGAGAUGGUUAACAGAAAUACUAGAAAGAAAACUCUACAUAGUGAAUUGAGGAGGCCAGCAGCUGCAGCAGAAAAAACGGAUAGAAGAUACAUGGGAAGCCCGUAUUUAUCACCAAGUGAUAAUGCCUUUAGCCCUAGGACGUUGGGAUUCUUCAAUGACGAGCCUGAUGUAACGGAAUCAAAUCAAAAUGGUUGUGGUCUAGGAAGUUGCUGGUCAAGAACGCCAAAGUAUCGAGACCUGGGUGGUUUAUCUGAUGGAGAAGAGCAAUCUCAUCCUUUGUUGGUUGGUGAAGUGCAUAAGCCUGCUUUCAAAGAGAGGAACCCAUAUCCAGAUAGCCCAAGAGGUUUGAGUCAAAAAUUUAGGCCAAGGUCGUUUGAUGAAUUUGUUGGCCAGCCUGUUGUUGUUCAAUCACUUUUGAAUGCCAUCUGUAAAGCAAAAGUUUGCCCAAUGUAUUUAUUUUAUGGUCCACAGGGAACAGGGAAAACAUCAAUGGCCAGGAUCUUUGCAGCUUCUUUGAACUGCCUGUCUUUUGGUGAGAAGAUGCCCUGUGGUAUUUGCAGAGAAUGCGUCUCCUUCUUCUCUGGAAGGAGUAGAGACAUCAAAGAAUUGGAUCCUUCUCAUAUUAACUGCAAGGAUAAAGUAAAGGCGCUUCUUAAGAGCACUUCUCUUGUACCAUCUUCCUCACACUAUAGGGUCUUUAUCAUCGAUGAGUGCCAGUCUCUAUUAGUUGAGACGUGGGCUGCCAUUUUGAAGAGUCUGACUGAACUCCCGAGACAAACAGUUUUUAUUAUGAUUACGUCUGAUCUAGAAAAGCUGCCACCUAUAUCUCUAUCGAGGUGUCAGAAAUAUCACUUUACUAAGUUAAAAGAUGCAGACAUCGUAUGGAGGUUGCAGAAGAUAUGUGUGGAAGAGGCCUAUGACUUUGACGAUGAUGCUCUGACUUUUAUUGCAGUUAAAUCCAAUGGUUCUCUCAGAGAGGCGGAGACAUUGCUCGACCAGCUUAGCUUGCUGGGGAAAAGGAUCACCGUUUCUCUUGCUCAUGAACUUGUGAGUGACGAAUAUGGUCAUAAUUUUACAAACGCUGAAUAGUACCAUGUCAUGCACAAUGGAAAAAUUUCACCUCACCCUCGAACUGAGCUUGGAUAAUAUCUCGUUAGCACAAUGAAAAUGAUCAAAGAGGAACGGCCGUAGGGUCUUAAUUUUUUAUGCCACAACUGCUGUCUUGCUGCAAAAAAUCAUUCACGGCCGUAGGGUCCAUGUGCAGAUAUCGAAAUGAAAGCAUACUUGCUACAAUUAUUAGUUUCUUUUACAAUCUGUUGGAUAUUUGUGGGAAGUUAAUUUUCGUUGUCUUCUUGCUGUGGUGCAGACAGGAGUUGUUUCCGAGGAUGAGUUACUUGAUCUCCUAGAUUUAGCACUUUCUUCUGACACCUCCAACACCGUCAGAAGGGCGAGGGAACUGAUGAGCUCGAGAGUUGACCCUAUGCAGUUAACAUCACAACUUGCUAAUCUAAUCAUGGAUAUUAUAGCUGGGAGAUGUCGACCAGAGAAAGUUGGAAGGAAAUUUUUUGGAGGACACAAAUGUUAGUCCUGCUUCUGUUAGUUAUAAGCAGUUAACUGAAAACAUUGCAGAAUCAUCUAAAUAUGCUUCAUUUUAAUAUUGGAAACCAUAUUCGGUGCGAGUAUAUUUUUUAUUAGUUUCCAUUCACGUUCUUUGUAGCUAUUAACAUGGGCAUAUCUGGUAUUACUAUAAAAGCAAUGAUAGUUAAGUUUCUUUUCAACAUGGGUAUGGAUGUUAAGAAGAAUCCUUCUGCAGGGUGGAUAUGGAGGGUAGGAGGUGGGGGUAUGUGUAUGCAAAAUAUAUUAGACUUGGCAUAUUGUGAAAGGUUACAUAUUUUUGUGGAUGUCUAUGAUUCUUUUUAUUUGUAUUGCAUUGGUAUAGUAUGAAUAUAAUAUGUGACGUUUUUUAUUUGUUUGUACUUGAUGCCUACUUCGGUUUAGGGUCUUUUCAGGUUUAUUAUGAUGUUCUUGGUGUUCAAGGAAGAUGAGUUGCUGAUAUGAAGAUGAGUUGCUUGUUUUUUUUCUGGUUCCAUUAGGUAUAUGAGAAAGUUUUCAUUAGCGUUUAUAGAAAUACAAUUCUAGGGCUAUGUUCUAGUAGGAUUUACGAAUCUGAUGUGUGUGAUUUUUUCAGUGAGUUAUUGCAGAGUGGCCAGUGAAUCAUUUUUAAGGGAGUUAUCCACCGUUUUCCUGGAGAGAUGGAUUCUGUAGGGAUCUUAUCUUAAUGAUAAUGUGUUAUAAGAUGGAGACUUAGUUGGACUGUGAUAUUCUGUACUCUCCACAAAGAAGCCUUUAGCAUGCUUAAAAAAGUUGCUCUCCAUGAAUUCCAUUGGUCACGUGUAGAAUUUACUUUUGGAGUAGUCCGUGCAAGAUUUAAUUUCAGUGUCAUGUCAUUGAAAAUGAUGAUCUCCUGAGUUUAGCUAAUGCUUACUUUGAACUCAUGAGAAGUAGAUCAGCUUGAAGUUUGCAAGGUCACGUUGAUGUGCUGCUCUUCAGUGGAAAGGUGGGAAAGUCUUUCCUUAAUGGGUUUGAAAUUAUCUGCUGAAUAACGGUGUGAGAACUUGACGGAGCAGGAGGUGUGACCUUGGUGAGACAGUGGUGGUCGGCUUGUCUUGGAGACAUGAUUAGAAUAGGGCUUACUAGGCAGCACAUUUGUCUGACUUGGGUGCAAGUCUCCUUACUCGUUGUUUUAUGCAAUUGGCUUUAGAUGGCUCUGUAAGAAGUGCAAACAUAUAUAAGAGCAUAGCUUGAUAAUUUGUAGUGUAUUCACAUGAAUCUUUUGUUUUGAUAAGAGCAGAAAAUGGAUCAAGCUUUCAAUAAUAACUUUCUAAUGUAUAUAUAUGUUUUACUAUGACCACUUCUUUAAUAUUUAAGCGCUGGGCUCUCUCUUUUAAUCCUCUUGCACGCUCCCUUUUUCCUUUUCCUUAAUGUUGCAUAAAAUCCCAUCCUCCAUGGAUUCUUUCUCCUUGAUAAACAAUAAUGUCUGGUAUCGGGUUGGGUGCAUUUCACAUGGAAGAAAUUUAUAACAACAUGAUAUUAGUUAUCUGGCGAGAAGAAAUGGUAUUACUUGCGUCAAAUAGUGUUGAUGGCAGGAAGAACAGGAUGCCUUAUUGUUCUUUCUAAUCUCUUCAUUUCCAUCUCUUGUAACUUUUCAUUUCUUUUCCAAGGCCCAUCACCUGCUGGGGGAAGUAAAAAGCAGGUGAAAAUUAAUAGAGACCAUUGUAAAUGUCCUUAACCCAUUUGAACUUGAAAGUGUGGGGAUUGGACUCAUAUUGCUGUGUGAUUCGUACGUACUAUGUGGAUCCAUACUAAAUUGUCAGCCUGUAUUUUUGAGGUUUCUGUCAGAGACCUUGAGUAUGAUUUGGCCUGUUUUCAUUUAGUCCGUCUUAGAAAAAUUUGAUGGCUGAUAUUUCAUCCUUUAAUUGUUACACUAUUUCAUUACUGUCCUGUGAUUUUAUAGAAUACUGCCUUAUGUAGUUUUGGCUUUCUAUUGGACGUUAUUGAAAAAAUCAUGUAUAGAUUUGCAAUCUUUGUUAGGUUUAUAUUUUUUUUCAGUCUUUAUACAAAUGUAUAUGUUCCUUAAUAAUUUUCUUGUUUGCGUUUUACAGUGGCGGACCUGGGCUUACAAAAGCUUAGGAAUGCACUGAAAGUACUUUCUGAAACGGAUAAACAACUGAGAUCAUCAAAAAGUUGCGCAACAUGGCUCACAGUUGCACUUUUACAAUUCAACACUGGAGAUCCUACUGAUAUUGAUGAUUCUAUGACACUUGUGCGAACAUCAAACCUUAAAGGUGAGGAAGAAUCCUUACCUGGAGAAUACUUAUGUUAAAGAGUGUUCUGUACAUAAUUUGUAGUUUACAACACAUAUCUGUGCAAUGCAGAUGAACCGCUAUGCAGAAGCUUCUCAACAAGGGAGAGUCUUCAGAGUUCUCUCUGUGAGUGCAGUCUUGGUAGAUCCAAUUGUUUCGAGGGAUAUUGCAAUGCAACCAAAAAAUUGGAUACUAUCUGGAGGAGAACAAUUGAAAGCUGUCAAUCAGACCCACCUAGAAGUUUCCUAAAGAAAGGAAGGUUGGCUUCGAUUUAUCUGAAACAAGGUAUAACCAAAAUCCCUAUGGACUGGCCGAGCACUAUUUUAUUCUUCCACGUUUCCUUAAAUGACUAAAAAUUGCUUCUCCAAUUGACUUAGACGUGCACAUGGAUGAUAAGCUAAAAUGAUAAUGUCUUCUCCUGUUACAUCUGCAUUUCUGCCUCCAUCUUAAUAGUAAUUCAUCCGUCGUUAUUUGGGGAAAAAAAGAAAAGAAAAUGUAUUUUAUAGUUUUAGCCGGUUUUUAUGCAAAUAUUUUCUGUGGAUUUUAUGAGAUUUCAUAUAUCCCUCCUUAAAUUACAUCAAAUUUGGCCAUUAUUUGAUGGAAGCCACUGAUUCCCCGGGGAACUUUGUUUCAUCCUUUUAAAAAGGUAAAAUGGGAAUGAAAAAAAUUAAUUUGGACCUGCAGAUUCUGAAAGUCACCUAUCUGUCAAAUCCGAGUCCCUUUUAAAAUGACGACGAAUUUUCAUAUCUUUUCCCUCUAAGCGAUUUAUUUUCGUCCUAAAGUAAUAUUGUGGAUUCUUUUAGGAUCUGGCUUUACUUGCUAUAUUUAGUCCCACUCUACAGAAAUUGAAGUCUCUGUCUUGGUCUAGGAUUGGCUAUUGCCCAAGUUGAAUUCUCCUCUCCUGAGUAUGUAUCCAGAGCAGAGGCUUCAUGGAAACUGAUAACCAACUCGCUCCAGCAUGUUCUGUGCCACAAUGUUGAGCUCAGAAUCAGUCUUGCCCGCUGCUCUUCUUUGACCAAGGCCAAAGAGCUAACAUACAAGUUGCUUGGUUGCUCUGGCAAAAGGCAAUAUACAUUUGACUCACUCCGGGCAGAAUCACUCGUUGACCCUUAUUUUCCUGAGAAACACAUAGAACCCCUCCAUUGUCCCAACACUGCUGCAUCGCUCGGAGCUAUGGUUCAGGACGAGCUGCCAAGAAAGCCUGGCUCAGAUUGUCACAUAACUUCAAAUGGUGUUGUCAGUGAGGAGGAUCUUACCACCCCUGCUGGAAAUCGGCCUGGUUGCUUUGGGAAGUUGCAGAGGACUCCCCUCGCAGCUGAUUCUGGACACAUCUCUGUCAAGGGAUGGCCUCGAGGCAGACUAGUGUUAUCUGUUCCGAGGAAGGCCUCACUUGAAACUUUCCUCUGCACCACAGUUCCGUAUAUCUUCUGCUCUAGAGCAAAUUCUAAAGAAACGUGUAGAUCUGCAAAGGAAGAAGAUUGA